GGGGGGAGGUAGAGGAAAGAGGGCUAUUAUAAUCACUGGAUUAUUUGUCGGGUGUGUGUGUGUGUGUGGCUUUUGCUGUGCAAUGGUUGGGAUUUUUGGAGGUGAAUUCCCAAGUCUCUCUCCAGGAUUUGCAGUGAGAGUGAGUGAGUGAGAGAUUGUGAGUGGGUGAGUGAGUGAGUGAGUGGGUGAGUGUCCGCCAUAUUCUCUCCAGCUCACCACGCCCGUGGAUCUGGUGGAAAGCAGCAGUCAGUCAUGAAGUAGUGGAAGCCUGAGAGAGAGGAGAGGAGAGAGAGAGAGAGAGAGAGAGAGGAGAGAGGAACCAGAGGGAAAAACCAGGAGAGAGCGGGGAAGGAAACCCACACAAGUCGGCUACAUGACUCUCGACUCCAUCAUGGCGUGCUGCCUGAGCGAGGAGGCGAAGGAAGCGAAAAGGAUCAACGCGGAGAUCGAGAGGCAACUGAAGAGAGACAAGAGGGAUGCCCGCAGAGAGCUGAAGCUGCUGCUGCUCGGCACAGGAGAAAGUGGUAAGAGCACUUUCAUCAAACAGAUGCGAAUUAUCCAUGGGUCGGGCUACACUGAUGAGGACAAACGUGGCUUCACAAAGCUGGUCUAUCAGAACAUCUUCACUGCUGUGCAAGCCAUGAUUAGAGCGAUGGAUACUCUCAAAAUACAGUACAAGUAUGACUACAAUAAGGCAAAUGCACAGUUAAUUCGUGACAUUGACGUAGAGAAGGUGUCGUCAUUCUCUAACCCAUAUGUAGAUGCAAUCAAAUGUUUAUGGAUCGACCCAGGGAUCCAGGAAUCCUAUGAUAGACGGAGAGAAUACCAGCUCUCUGAUUCCACCAAAUACUAUCUUAAAGACUUGGACCGUAUAUCAGAACCUUCCUAUCUACCCACUCAACAGGAUGUGCUUAGAGUUCGAGUCCCAACAACAGGGAUCAUUGAAUACCCCUUCGACUUACAAACCGUCAUUUUCAGAAUGGUCGACGUUGGGGGCCAGCGGUCAGAAAGAAGAAAGUGGAUACACUGCUUUGAAAAUGUGACAUCCAUCAUGUUUUUAGUUGCCCUUAGUGAAUACGAUCAAGUUCUUGUGGAGUCGGACAAUGAGAAUCGAAUGGAGGAGAGCAAAGCACUAUUUAGGACAAUUAUCACAUAUCCCUGGUUCCAAAACUCCUCAGUCAUCCUCUUCUUAAACAAGAAGGAUCUCCUGGAGGAAAAGAUCAUGUAUUCCCAUCUAGUUGAUUAUUUCCCAGAAUAUGAUGGUCCGCAACGAGAUGCACAAGCCGCGAGGGAGUUCAUUUUGAAGAUGUUUGUGGACCUGAACCCUGAUAGUGACAAAAUUAUCUACUCUCACUUCACAUGUGCUACAGAUACAGAGAAUAUACGGUUUGUCUUUGCUGCUGUCAAGGACACUAUCCUACAGUUAAACCUGAAGGAAUAUAACCUGGUCUAGUUCAUUAACUCGACCUGGGAAAAAAGUAAAAGCAACUGUAUUAUCUGUGAAAAUGAGUUGCGUAAUGCUAAUUUAUUGCCAUCCUGGACUCUGUGCACUCACAGGGUUUUAGUAAAUAUUGCGAUUUUAUUUAAACAAUGGGACAAAAGAUGCUGACAUAACUUUGCAGCACUGGUCCUCUUUUUAGGCAAAAUGUUGUGACUUUGUGUAAGAUUUUUUCAAUUUCCGUUGUAAAUUCCAUUUAUGCAUUCAGAAGUUAGGGGUUUACUUUUGCUUCUCUGAGCACCCCCUACCUCUUUCCCCCACCUCCCCCCACUUCC